CUUGGAGUCACCCUGGACCCCUGCCUCUCUUAUUCCCAGCACAUCUCCACUCUGGCACGCACUUGCAGAUUCUUCCUGAGCAACAUCCGAAGAAUCCGACCCUUCCUCACCAACUAUGCUACCCAGCUCCUGGUCCAGGCCCUGGUACUCUCCCGCCUAGACUACUGCAACUCCCUCCUGGCUGGCCUCCCUGCGUCCGCCACCCGUCCGCUCCAGCUCAUCCAGAACUCUGCUGCUCGCCUGGUGUUCUCUCUACCUCGCUUCGCCCACGCUACUCCACUACUCCGCUCGCUCCACUGGCUCCCGAUCACCGCUCGCAUCCAGUUCAAGACUCUUGUACUAGCCUACAGAUGCCUUGAUCAGACUGCACCCAGCUACCUCCAGACCCUCAUCUCUCCCUACACCCCCACUCGACCUCUCCGCUCCGCCUGCACUAGAAGACUGGCUCUACCUCCGCUACGCUCCCCUGCCUCCCGAGCCCGCUCCUUCUCCACCCUUGCUCCGCAGUGGUGGAACGACCUUCCUACAGAUGUCAGGACUGCCCAGUCCCUGACCACAUUCCGGCGCCUCCUUAAGACUCACCUCUUCAAACAGCACCUGUAGAACUCCUCUGUUGUAUCCUGGGACACUAUCACCCUUCAUUUAAAUAUGCUUUAUUUUGCUCUUAUCUGCCCCCUAUUUUACUGCAUUUAAUCCUGUACCUCAGAAUAUUGUAAUCUCCCAAGUGUUUAAUCUGUAGUAUUUUGUACUUAAUCAUAUCCUGAUGUAACUAUCACUACUUAAUCAUAUCCUGAUGUAACUUUCACUAUUAUCUGCUGUAUUAUUGAAUUGUGGUUUGUCACACUUGAGAAUUAUUGUAUUUCUUGUUCUUAUUGUAUGACUUAUAUUGUAACACUUGAAUGUAUUUGUAUUUGCUUGCGAUUGUAAGUCGCCCUGGAUAAGGGCGUCUGCUAAGAAAUAAAUAAUAAUAAUAAUAAUAAAAAAAAAAAUAUCAGCAGUCUACAUUCAAAGGGUAUUUAGGCAUCAAUGUUUGAACACACAAAACAACACACAUAACUGUAGUUGUAAAUUGUGAAUGCUGUUCUUGACUAUCCUAGAGAUAACAUCUCAUCUUCUUCUGUGCAUGAAGUGAAAGUGUGAAUGACACAGGCUCUCGUCGAUACCCAGGUGCUCCUGUGACCUGACAACUCCAGAGGGCAGACUGAUGAUGGCUGGCAGAGAGGCUGACACUGCUCCAGCGCUGGCUCCACACUGGAAGCUACAUGCCAUUAAUUACUAUGGCACAAGCCCAGCAGGAGCUGUCAGCAGGGAUCACAUCUCCACAACUAACCUUGCAAAAAAUAGCCCUUAGUGUAAGGAUUAUGGAGCCUGUGGGGGAUUGAAGGAUACCGGAGAAGGUCUCAAGCUGGUCCUGCGUGCUUUCUUCUCCACUCACCACAAUUUGUUUUAAGGAUUUGUUGACGACCCUGCUCUGCAAAAUGCAAAGAGAUUGCCUUGCAUUAAAAAAGAAAUGCAUUCAAGCCCAUGACUCCUUGCAAGGACAGGUACACUUACUAAUCUACAUGACUCCUGGAAAGGACAGGUACACUUACUAAUAUACAUGACUCCUGGCAAGGAUGUCUUCAUUUUUCAAUUACACAU